CAUAAUUCCAUAUGCAUGCCCCGUUUCCUGUAUGAGCUAGCGAAGCUACAUCCAUAUUCCUUUUACUCAAGGCACAUGUCUCCAUGCAACUUCCAGUUUCCUUGUCCACCUCUUCGAUCUAUCUAGGCUUCUGCCAUCGCCGCAAUUGAUCAAGAAAGGAAUUAGCUGCAUUCACAUCGUGUGACAUGGAGCUGCUGGCAUUGUCGCUAAGCGGGAACUAGACCAUAAAAGCCAAACAAGAAGAUUGGUUCGAUUCAUCAUGCCUCCAGAGAAGAUCUGGAUCCAGGCGAAAAACAUCGAUGCUGCAGCAGGAGAGAUAAUUGGUGUUUUGGAGGAUACAAGCAAAGGAAAUGUGAUCUACUUCAAGGGCUGGGAAGGAUUUGGAGCAUCCGCUGUUCUCAAUCUGGUGGCCCAACGCCUGAAAUCAUCCACGAGACUGAACAAGUUUGACAAGGUUAUCCAUGUAGAUUGCUCGGUGUGGAAAAGCAUGAGGGCCCUGCAAAAGGUAGUAGCAGAGGAGCUGGACCUUCCACAGUCUGUGAUGGCCAUCUUUGAUCUAUGCGACGAGGAGGACGAUUUCAAUGGGAUGGAUCAAGGAUCCAGAGGGGUGAUAGCAGAUAUCAGAAGGGAAAUCUUCAGAAAGCUUGUUAACAGUAUAUUUGUGGUGGUUUUUCACAAUGGGAGCAGAAGAUACAUUGAUUUGUACGAUUGUGGUGUCCCAGUAACAACAUUUUUGAGUAACAAGAUGUUGUGGACCUGGCACGGGAGGUUCCGGAGCAAUCUCAUACUAGAAGAAGGGGAAAAGGAAAAGAUGAAGAGUCAGACAGAUGUUCGCUUAUUUCCUUCUCAUACUGGAUGUGAAAUUGAGGAAGGGCGAGAUGUACUGCAUGAAGAGGCUUUGGAAGUUGCCAAGUGCACGGGGAUUGUUCAUCCUGACGAUAUGAGCCACAAGAUAGUCAUGGAGUGCCUCAUAUACAGGACACUGAUUGUUACGGACAUGAAGACACAUGCACCAAACUAUUGGAUCUGCGAUGGCAUUAUACAGGGCCAAGACAAUGCAUCAGCAUGGGAGAUUGGCAAUUCUCUGCACAGAAACAUGUGCUUGGAUUUUGAUUUAACAUAUAAUGAGGAAACAACUCCCGUGCUACAGGUGUCGGAUGAUUUACUUGUUAACCGCUGGAAUUUCACCACCCACAAACAACUCCUAGAGGAUAAGGCUGGAGCGUUGCCUCCUCAGGUGACAUCCUUCUUCCUUUUUGCAGAUGAAUCACCAACAGAUAGAGCAUCAAUAUUGCCGGUUAGCAUGUUUCAACAUUCACAAAGCAGCAAGCUACGUGUGUUACACCUGUCUCAUUGCACCUUCAGUUUUGCAUCUCCUCCCUUCGUCCAUUGCGUCCAACUAAGAUUGCUCCAUCUGGACCAUUGCAGAAAUAUCACAGAGGAUGAUGAGCAUCCAAGCCACAAUGAAGACAUAUCAUGUUUCCAGAAGCUAUGGGUGCUGGAUCUGAGGUAUACACACUGGUCCUGGUUGCUAAGUGAAAAGAUGAAGAGAUUGAUGGUUGAACUCAGGGAGCUGAAUGUGGAGGGAGUCAAGCAUGGGAGCAUCAGUGAUUUGUGGGAUGGUAGACAUAGCCUUGUCAUACUUCGAGUAACAGCAGCAGAUCCAGUCCCUACGGAGAACAAAGACAAAUAUAGUCAAGCACAAUUCCCCAAUAUGUCCAGUACAAAUAGCCUUACGACAUCUUCCUUCAUCAACGAUGUCCUGCCUUCUUUGCUUGAGUCAUUUAGCUUCAGUAACAAAUCUACAACUACUGCCAAGAUAUCUAGCAUCUCCUUCCGGGGUUGUUCUCAGUUGAAGAAUAUACUUCUCAGAGGUAAUUUGGGGAGCCUGGAGGAGCUGGACCUCUCGGGAACGGCAGUGAAAACCCUUGACCUCAGAGAAGUGGAAGCUCCAAACCUCAAGCGUCUCAUGCUGCUGGGCUGUGAGAAGCUCUGUGCAAUAUUAUGGCCAUCGGAAGAUAAAAGGACAAGGGUUUUGGAGAAGUUGCAGAUCAACACCAUCCAAUCUGCAUCACCUAGCCAUAAUAAUUCGGAAGAGAAGACCAACGACGCUAGUACUGCUGCAGGAUCAUCAUCUAUCCUUACUUUUGGGGCUUCACCACAAGACAUCGGUCGAACUGCAUCUUUUGAGUUUCAGUGGUACAUAUCUGUAGUGGAUCCAAGGCUCAUGUGGUCGCUUCUUACCUUUCAACAACAACUUCUUGGGGAAGAAUUUGUAUACAUGGAGAUUGGUUCAUUUUCUGCAAGUGGAGCUGCUGUUGGUGGUUGUGAAGUUGCUCAAGGCAUCGCGAGCCAGCAGCAGAUUACUCAAUACUUAUAUGCAAGAGAUAUCUUGCAAGAGCGCCUGCAAGUUGUCAGUGCUAUAGAAGGUGUUAUUAGCUGGAUGUGGGCUUGCCCACCUAUUCCUACUCCAAGUCCUCGAGACUGCUGGUACUUCCACAUGCAAGAUGAAGAGAGUAUGGAGAGAGGAUCGUUACAGCGGCAACACAACACCAAAAGGAUUAGUACCAGUGUUGCUUCAGCCCCUCUCCUUAUAUGUAAUUAUGCAAAGAUGUUGUAUGUGCAUGAUAGCUCGUCCAUCACUUGCGUUCCGUGCCCACAAGGUUCAAGGUGGCCGUGGCUUAAAUGGUGCCGAGUUGAGAGGUGCCCCAAGCUAUGCUCUGUCUUUGCUACUCCCCAACUAAGUGAUGACCUGGACGUCUUUUGGUCCUUGUCUACGUUCUGGGCGUCCCAGCUCCUGAAGGCGCGCUACAUCUGGAACUGGAGUGCAGUAGGUCAACCUGGUGGAGAUUCGUUCGAAGACCUAGCGUUCUUGCACCUGGACUAUUGCCCCAGACUCAUACAUGUGCUUCCCUUGUCUGAGCAUAUGGACACCCUGCCUAGCCUGGAGACGCUGGAGAUCGUGUGCUGCGGUGAUCUGAAGGAAGUCUUCUCUUUGGACCCUAAUCGCCAAGAGAAGCAGGAAACUAUAGAAUUUCCCAAGCUAAGAAGGAUCCACCUGUACCAGCUCUCCAACCUACAAAGCAUCUGUGGGAGCAGGAUGUCCGCGCCGAACCUUGAGACCGUCAGAAUCCGGGGCUGUUGGGGCCUUCGACGCCUGCCGGCAGUCAGCGGCAGCACCACCAACCGGCCCAAGGUGGACUGCGAGAAGGACUGGUGGGACAACCUGGAGUGGGACGGUGUGGAGGCGAAGCACGACCCUUCGCUCUAUGAGCCGAGCCACUCGCGAUACUACAAGAAGGCCCACGUACCAAGGGUCACCGUUCUCAGGUGAGGUAAUCAAUUCCUUCCAUAGGUCGGUCGCUACUGGCAUGCCCACCCUAUUGGUGCUACCGUGCUACCGUGCUCAGCUGAAGCUUUCUCUGGAGUGCACGGGUGUGUGUGUGUGUGUGUGUGUGUUGCUGCCUUACUUCGUGCUGCUUGAUUGGUCCAUGUGGUUGUGUGAAAUCUGUAUGGCGGUGCGUCUUUCAGUUCAGUUUGAUUAGAUUUGAGCUGGUUUUGCUUGAUUUGGUUUGUUUGGCCAUUGUUGCUCGAGGAAGCCAUGGAUGCGUCAGAGUAAGCUUGGAUCAUCUGGUUGGAUAGAUGAUACAGGGUACAAGCUCUGAGCCAGAGAGUAAUAUAUAAGAGGGCAUUCAGCUUGGGUGGCAUGAGCACCCUGCCUGCUCCUGCUGCUGCUAUGCUGUUGCUCUCCAUUUGUGUGUUGUGGUGUGUGAUUUGUCAGCUACAGACUGAUUAUUGUAAUGCUAAGCAAUUCCUUCAGACUGCUAUACAAAUGGUGAUUUGUGUGUGUCAUCAUAUAUAUAUACUGUAGCUUUCUA